AUGAACGGAUACGGUCAAGGACCAGAAGGACAAAAUCAAUCCAGCAUGCCAUGUUCAGUUGGCAAUCAAUUAAUGAGAGGUAUGCCCAUGUCAACUCAAGCAACACCAAGUCAACUACCACAAGCUCGAUCAAGUUAUCCAGGUGCAUAUCCGCAACAAGCAGGCUCAUAUCCUGGUCAAGCAAUGUCACAACCACCUCGUGCAUCUCAGGCAUCUUACCCGGAACAUCAUGGUGCUACUCUAAAUUCAAUAGCACAAACACCAACAUUCAAUCCAAUGUAUACAGUACAACCAACAGCACCACCAGCAUGUUCUCAAUCGAACAGUGGACACAGUUAUGCUCUAACAUCAAAUUAUCAUACUUCAGCAUCUUCUUGUCAAGUUGCUACAUCAACAACAACCACACAAACUGUUGUUGAAUUAACACCAACUGUUUUGAAUGAUCCAAAUUUCAAUGCUGUUAAUGAUGCUGAGGUUUUACGAAAUGCAAUAACAAGCUUUGGAGCAGAUGAAAAAACAAUUAUAUCAAUAUUGAGUAAUCGAAAUAAUCAACACAGACAAAUAAUUGCAAAUAGUUUUAAAACUCUAUAUGGAAAAGAUUUAAUAAAAGUUCUUAAAUCCAAGCUGUAUGGUAGAUUCAAGGAUUUAAUUGUUGCAAUGAUGACACCAAUUAUUGAUUAUUAUGUCAAAGAAAUCCAUGACAGCAUUUCGGGAACUGGUACAAAUGAGGAUGUACUUAUUAUCAUUCUAUGCACAUUGAGAAAUCAGGAAAUCCAGCAAAUAUGUGCAAGAUAUAAAAACGAAUAUGGCAAAUCGUUAGAUAGUAAUAUACGUGGUAAUUUUGGAAGAUUUAUGACAUUAUUGUCUGCUGGCCAACGUGAUGAAAGUACACAUACUGAUAUCAAUUCUGCAAGAUCUGAUGCAACAAAACUUUACAGUGCUGUAGUUGGUCGCUUGGGAACAAAUGAAUCUGAAUUCAACUCUAUCCUUGCUCAGCGAAAUGUAAAUCAACUAAAAUUAAUUUUUCAAGAAUACUCUAAACUAUGCGGCCAUGAUAUAUCACGGGCAAUUAAUCGUCAUUUUUUUGGGGAUAUUAAAUUAGCCUUUCUUACAAUUGUGAAUUAUGUCAAUAAUAGUGCUUUGUAUUUCGCUGAACAAUUAAACAAGUCUAUGUCUGAAAUAGAAACAAAAGAUCGUAAAUUAAUUUUUAUCUGUGUAACACGUUCUGAAGUUGACAUGGAAGAUAUUAAAAAAGCCUUUCAUCAAAAAUAUGGAAAAACUCUUGAAAAACGCAUAUCAGAAGAGACAUCUGGUGAUUACAAAAAAUGUCUGAUAGAGCUCAUCAGCUUAAACUGUAGAAGUUAUUAA